AUGAGGGCUGUUCUGGUAUUUGUUCUGUGCCUGGCCGCUGUGGCCAAGGCUAGGCCUGAAGACGACACCAGUACUACCAUGAUACCUACCAACUCGAUACAUAACAAUAUCUUAUAUCGUUUACUCUUAUCAGGAACAUGGGACAUCAAAAAAAGGCAACUUGUGAUUUUGAAAUUACUGAACCACAUCACUGAACCCCUAAUGUACAAGGACCUUGAGGACUUAGGCAAGAACUUCAAGAUUGAGGAAAAUGUUGACUGUUUCGUCAAAACCGACGUUGUAAAGACCUUAGUCAAAAUGCUAAAGGUUGGAGUUCUGCCGCGCGGUGAGAUCUUCACUUUGCACGUUGACCGCCAGCUCAAGGAAGUUGUCACCAUGUUCCAUGUGUUGUUCUACGCCAAAGACUUCGAUACAUUCAUCAAGACCGCCUGCUGGAUGCGCCUUCACCUCAACGAGGGUAUGUUCGUAUACGCUCUCACCGUGGCAGUCAGACACCGUGAGGACUGCAAGGGAAUCAUCUUGCCUCCUCCCUAUGAGAUCUACCCAUACUUCUUUGUACGUGGCGAUGUUAUUCAGAAGGCUUACUUAUUGAAAAUGAAGAAGGGAGAUGUCGAUCUCAAGCUGUGUGACUUCUACGGAAUCAAGAAGACCGACAAGGAUGUUUUCAUAAUCGACGAGAAUGUGUAUGACAAACGUGUGCACCUCUGCGAUGAAGACAAACUCCGCUACUUCACUGAAGAUAUUGAUCUUAAUACUUACUAUUACUACUUCCACGUUGACUAUCCAUUCUGGAUGAAGGACAGAUUAAUGGACAAAAUGAAGACCAGACGUUUCGAACUCACUGUGUACAUGUACCAACAGAUCCUUGCCAGAUACUACUUGGAGCGUUUGUCCAACGGAUUAGGUAAAAUCAAAGAGUUCUCUUGGCACAAAACAAUUAAGAAGGGAUACUGGCCAUGGAUGAAACUGCACAAUGGUGUAGAAAUCCCCGCAAGGAUGAACAACUAUGUCAUUGCUCACGACUACAACCGUGAUGUUAUUCGUCUGUGCGAUGAAUACGAGAAGAUCAUCAGAGAAGCAAUCAUCAAAGGAUUCAUUGAAAUUAACGGCAUUAGGCUGGAACUUACCAAGACUGAGGACAUGGAGGUUCUUGGAAAACUGAUCUACGGUAAAAUCGACAAGAUCGAUGUUGACAGGACCGUGGUUGACUCAUACCGCUACCUGCUCAUCGUCAUGAAGGCUGCUCUUGGUCUUAACACUCUACAUUCCGACAAGUACUUCGUUGUUCCUUCCAUCCUGGACCAAUACCAGACAGCUCUUCGUGAUCCAGUAUUUUACAUGCUGCAGAAACGCAUCAUCGAUUUGGUGUGCCUGUUCAAGCUGCGUCUGCCUUCCUACACCAAGGAGGACCUCUACUUCCCUGGUGUGAAGGUCGACAACGUUAACGUUGACAAACUCGUCACUUUCUUCGACGACUAUCUUAUGGACAUGACUAAUGCUGUUGCUUUGACUCCUGAUGAGGUUAAGAAGACCAAAUCAGACAUGAAAAUCCUGGUACGCAAGCGUCGCCUUAACCACCAACCCUUCAAAGUCACCCUCGACGUAUUAUCUGACAAGGCCGUUGACUGUGUCGUAAGGAUAUUCCUUGGACCGAAGAAAGAUAACAUGGGUCGUCUCAUCGACAUCAACAGAAACCGACUAAACUUCGUUGAAUUAGAUACCUUCCUUUACAAACUGACCACUGGCAAGAACACAAUUGUCAGAAACUCCCAAGACAUGCACAACCUUGUCCGCGACCGCAUGAUGACUCGCGACUUGAUGAAGAAGGUGGAAUCCAUCACCGACAUUAGGGAUCUCUUGGUCAAGGACUUGAGGAACUUCCACACUGGUUUCCCGACCAGGCUUCUUCUUCCUAAAGGUUUCGUAGGAGGUAUGGACUGCAUGAUCUAUGUUAUUGUGUCGCCAUUGAAACUGGUCGAUAACAUUGACAUCAACAUCCUGGACACGAACCGUAAAGACAUCAGACGUGACUUCAGAUCGACCGUCCUUCUGGACAAGAUGCCUCUUGGCUUCCCCUUCGAUCGUCGCAUUAUUGUUGAGGACUUCUUCACACCCAACAUGAAGUUCAUUGAUGUUAAGAUCUUCCACAAGAAGAUGACAUGUGAUAUGAAGACCAGGUGGAACCGUUGGGUGCUGAAGAACUACAACAUGGGAGAUUGGAAAUCCAUUGAUUCCGAUACUUACUUCGUGGACACAGACCUUAACAUUAAAGUAGACCGAAACGCUGACCUCAUUGACAUAUAAAUGAUGAUGUAUUGAUAAUGUAACCUUAUUCCGACUGUAAAGAAUGCAAUUUGAAAACCCAAAAAAAUAUAGAGCAUUUUAUUUAUAAUA